AUGGGUAUUCCAAUGUUCCUCUACGAAGAGGAUAACAACAACCAUUUUAAACACGACAGUGGUAGAAAGAGAUCUUUACCACGCUCCGAUUCAAGUUCAAUUCCUCGUGUCGACAGCAAGAGAUUGUUGACCGAGUUCUUCUGGAGAAGACAAAAUAAUGUAAGAUUUGUAGACGAACAAUUGAAAAAUUCGUUGCAAUCAUGGAUCAGCAGAUCUUCUUCCACUUCAAACAACAAUAUGGCUAAUGUACGUAUCAAUCAUAACUGGUCUAUGAACAGAUUGGGCAGCACUGGCAACGAUGAAUUGAACGAAUUAUUGAAAAGUAGUGUCCUAACUGACGAUUUGAAGUCUUCAGGUAAAAAUAAUUCAACUCAAUUCUGGAUCUUCCAUUUGAAUGACUUGAACAAGAUUGUUAUUUACGAUUUUAUCAAAAAUUCAUUGUUCCAAAUUCAUUUGUUAGAUUUCAUUCAAAUCCACGACAUCGUCACCUGUAUUGAUGCUCGUUAUCAAGACAAUGAUUCUACUUUGGUAGUUACCAUUGGUUUAGGAAACGGGGACUUGUAUUACAUGACCUUUGAUGGCGAUUCCAAUAUUAGCAAUUUGAAGAAAUUCAAUAUUGCAAACAACUUUGCUAUCUCAGAUGUAUCUUUAGCAUUAUUCAAUGAAUUGAGAUAUGUUGUCUCUUUUAACAAUUACCACGGUAUCAUCUUAACAAAUGUCGACUCUUCUUAUAAUUACUGCAUUCCAUUAUCCAUGGAAUUCGAACAAGAUUUGAAAGCUGUCAUCGAUUUCCCCCAAUUAACAGUUUUCAACAGUUCCAAGAUCUGGCAUUUCCCAAAUGUUAUGGAUUACAUUGGAACAGAUAUGACUGACAACAGCAGUUAUGUUUCUAAUGAAGUCAAGGUCAUGUUGAAGCCAAAUGAAGUAAUCAAGGAUCUAUCCUUAUCAAAGAAAUUGGGUUCUUCAGUGGCACCAUUGUUAAUGGUCGAUACCAAUCAAAGAAUCUUAUCUAUUUCCAAUUACGCCAAUGAUAUCAAUCAUUUCGGAAAUGAUGAUUCAACCAAUUGGUAUAAGAAUACCCACACAAUCUUGUACAAGAGUUUAUGGAACACUGACAAUUAUGAAAUUUCACAUUACAAUAAAUAUGCAGUUGUCUCCAAUCAUCAUUUGUAUGACACAAGUGUUACAAUCUACGAACAUUCUCCAAUUAGUGAUGAAUGGAUCUUUUUGGGUUAUUCUGAUAUUAGAGCUAAAUUCAAUAUCAAAAGAGUCAAGAACCUUUCUAUCACGAACAACUGUACUAUUAAUUUGUUGUCUGAUACUAAUGAAAAUUAUCAGUUCAACAUUUCUACUUUCCAACAAAGAGCAUGA